GACUGACCAAAAUAUAAAAAUAUUGAUUUUGGUCUCUAGUGUAUGAAAUUUACUUAAUAAAAAUAAUUGUUUUAAUCUUUCAUAUAGUGUUGAUAGAAAUAUAAUACUAGUGUUUAUGAAGAAGACGAUUUUAUUGUUAAGAUGUUGUGUUAAAAUUUAAUUUAAAUUCUCGUUUCUUAUUUCUAUAUAAGAAUGGGCAAUACAAGUAAGAAACUAGCAGCAAAAUGUACUUUACUGACUAAAGAGGAACAGAAGUAUGUAGCAGCAACGUUUCGGGCAGCAAGUAAAAAUUCUGAGAGAAUUCGUGAGGAGGAUCUCAUCGUGAGUGGAAAAGUAGAUGCAGUCCUGUUAGAAAAAUUCUGGGGACCACAGAUAGACCCGAGACUGGCACAGUACUUGACAAACUUUUUAUUUGGAUUUGGACAACAGAAGACGGCCACAUGUGACUUCAAUAGAUUCGCAGAGUUAUACGUAUUCAAUGUUAGAGGCACAGUGGAAGAACGCUUGGCCGUGACAUACAAUUGUUUGGGCAUGGACUUCAAUGAGGACGUGGAACUUCCUUACCAACUUCUUAAAGAGUUCUGCGAAAGCAUAGCAUCAACGUACAUCAAGAUUGUGAAGUCUUCCACAUCUAAGAGGGCCAGGAUCUGGAUCGACAAAGGCUUCAGAGCCAGUGCCUCUUACGUGCAGGCUUUGGGCGAGGCCUUAGCGACGACUGUUGGUGGUGACCUGGACUCGCCACAUCAUCAUUGCAAUGCUCAACAGUUGUUGAAAUGGCUAGAAACAAACAUUCUCCUAAAACAACUUUCAGAGUUGGUAUUUGUGAAUCUGUACGGCAUCAACACUCGAUCGGGAGAUGAAAGCCCGACGCCCCUUCCGCCGGCCACGCCCACAAUGCUGCCAGCAUCGGAAGGACUAGACGUAAUGCCAGAUUAUCCAGCGUUCAUAGACCUAUCUCACAUCGUGUGGAUAAACAGUCACCUUCCUCAGAAGUACCAGCACAAAUGGCGGUUUUUAUUCUCCUCGCAUAUACAUGGAGAAUCGUUUUCUACUAUGGCAGGACGUAUCCAGGAGCAAGGUCCCUCCAUCCUCAUAAUAGAGGACACCAACGGGUUCAUCUUUGGGGGAUUCGCCACCGCGGCUUGGGCUUGGAGCCCUAACUGGACGGGCACUGAUGAUUCCUUCCUCUUCACCUGUGCUCCCAGAAUGCGUAUUUACCCAGCGACCAAUUAUAACGACCAUUAUCAAUAUAUGAAUCACCAUACGAAGACACUGCCGAAUGGUUUGCUAAUGGGUGGUCAGUUGGAGUUUGGUGGUAUAUGGCUGCCCGCGGAACCUUUCGGUGAGGGUAAUUCAGCGGAAUCUUGUUCCACAUUCCGUGGAUACAAGAGACUGAGCAAGGAACCGCAUUUCCGUAUCCGCUCGAUUGAAGUGUGGGGCGUUGGGGACAAACCAUCUUUGGAAAAUGAUGAGGAUGAACGUGACGCAAGUAUAUUAGACGCAAAUCCCGAGGCAAAGGCUAUAUUGGACAUGGCUGGUCGUACAAGACACAGCGAGGGAUUAAGAGAAGAACCGCCCUUAUAAUGCUCUUAAGAUACAACUCGGAAGCGAUCCUUUAAAGUAAUUUUAUUUUAGCGAAAUUUAUACAUUUCUAUCGAUCUUUGAUAAUCAUCUAAAUGAACUGUCAAUUUUUAUAAUCUAAGGAACAUUGCUAUAAUGUUAUUUUUGAACAAGUAUUUAAUAUGAACCUAUCAUUGUUUUCUUUAACAAAGAUUUUACUUGUAAUAUGUAAAAAAUGGCGAUGUUACUCAUGCAUAUUCAAUCUAUCUAUAUAUCUAUAUAGUUAUUAGAUUAUAUAUUGCAUAUAUAAUCUAAUAACUCGAAAAUCCUGUUUGACUAUUUGAAAUUACAUACUAUUAAUAACGCAAAGAUAACCUAUGUUGUAACUAAAUUGUGCCUUUGUCAAAAAUUAUAAUUGAGUGUUGCCAUAUCUUUUCGCCAAAUUAACGUGUCGGUGCUAAUUUUGUUGUUUAAUAAAAACUCACAAUCACAUUUUUAAUCUGUGUUAAACAGCAUAGCGCUAAGAAAUGCCGAUCUUUUCGGCUCUGAAUAUGUGAACAUCUACAAUCCUGCUACGAUCGUAUGAUCUGGACAUCAGCCAAUGGAAUGUUGACAAAGGAAUUUUUCUGACUCUGAAACUGCGGCUUGAAGCCGGCAGUGGAUCGACUGUUCCUUUAGAUUGAAGUGAAUGCACUUGUCACUACACCAUAUCCAACACCGUGCUAGCUGGUACUCAACCCUAGUCUCAAUCACAAUUAGCACCAUUUUAUGUUCGUAUGUGUUUUAUAUAUAUGUAUGGUUACUUAGUAGUCACGUGACUUGGUUAUACUAGUACCUAAGAUACCGCUUUAAUUGUUGAAACGCACAAAGUAUAUUCUAAUAAUGUUUGUCUGUGUUAAAAUCUUGUAUAAUUGACUAAAGACACGUCGUGGGAGGAUGUGAGAAAAUCGUCUUGGUAUGUUAACAUUAUAGUUCGACAGUAUAUACGUAUAUUUAUAGUAUAUAUAUUUUUUUGUGAAUAAACGAAGUGACGCGUGCCAAAUGCGUCACGCGUCACGUAGACGAAAUAAUGUUUUUCAAAUUGAGAAUUAAACGAAAACUAUACGAUGGCUCGUUUCGUUUGAUUGUGAUUGGUCAAUUUCAAUGUUCAUUCACAGAUAACGUUUAAUAUAUUCAAAACAAUGUGAUUUACAUUAAAACGCUUAUGUAAGUAUAUACCUUAUUUGCGCUAUAAUAUUGUUGUUACCUAGUCAUAGUGUCCAAUUAUUUUCUGUAGUAAGGGCUAAAAUGCUUAAAAAACAAACUUUAAUCUUUAAAUAAAUAGACGAAAUAUCAUUGGUAUAAUUUUCAAAGUUUAAUGUGCCAAAGUUACUUUUCGGGUAAAUGUUACUUAUUUUAUAUUAUAGUUUAAUUUACAAUACGACCCAGUAAAGGGCUAUUUGACGGUAUGAAAAAUGAAUUGUCAUUAAGAGUACAGAUGUAUAAAAUAUUGCUUUAAAUAAUAACUUAUCAGAACAUGCCGAAUUAAAAAUAUUUAUUAUCCUACUUCAUUCAGUUUAUUUACGUAUACAGAUGUCGUACGUCUUAGAGUGCGUACGUCACUGAUGCGUAGAUAACCAUUUUGCUUAAAGAAGCGUUUUAGCGGGUUCUUGAAAUUGUGUUUUUUUAAUUUACAUAUGGAGGUAUAGAUUCUAUAGUAAUAAAUAGUCUGAAAUGUUUUUAAAUACUGUCAAAUAGCCUGUUUAUGAAGAACAUGGCUGAAUCUGUCUAUACAGUGCCACAUACUUUUAUUGGGCGGCGGCUGAAAUCGGUCCUACCGUCGCCAUUUUGAAAUGUCAGACUGACAUUGUUAGUUAGCUCUAUCUUUCUCGUUAGUUUAUUACUUGCUUUAUUUGUCACAAUGGCAAAUUUUUAAUUAUCGAACGGUUCUGAGUGCUGGGUACCUUAAAAUAUAUUAUAUGAAUAGUACCGUUAACAAAACCUAUUACAUCAAUUGUUAAAUAGACCUAUUUUCAGAUAGAGAUUUCAAUAUAUUAUUAAGUUAUGUAGGUAGCAUGACUUCAAAUUAUUCCCGUUAUAAUGGUUAAUUUUUAUUCACUGACAAUACUUAUAUCCAUAACAGCGUCGAAUCUCUAUGAUUCCGACUGAAGGCCUCUGUAUCCACGGUUAUGAAAAAAACAGCGUCGAUUUUACCGGCCAAGAGAAGUAUGUGGACUAUACCCGCAGUGAGCCUUAUGUCAUCAAUUAAAAUGAUUAGCUAUGUUUAAUUACUGUUAAAUAUUAAAUUAUAUACAUAUUUACUUAAGUAAUAACAAAUUUUAUUUAGAAUGUAUAUAACUGUUUCCCUAUUUGAUGUAUUUUGCGUUGACGUAAGUUUAGCUUACGUAUUAAAACAAUGUUUAACUGCACCAUGGAAUAAUUUGUAUUGGGAAGGUUUUUCGCAGGUUUGUGUGACCAGUAGUGGGGAUCUCAAGUUUCACAUUUCUAUUAUCUAUGAAUUUUGAUUUAUAAAGCGAUUGCUAUGGCUAUACUUGUGGUCCAUGGUGCUACUUGUAAAGUAAAAUAACUGUUGUAGUAUGUUUUAUAUUUAAUUCAUUAAUUUACGAAUUAUAUUUUAUUAUAAAUAAAUAAAUAACUUUUACGUAUAUUUAUAGUGUUCAUGUUGUGUAAAUAAAAUGUGAUAUGUA